GGGUCUCGAUUAUGCAGUUGCAAAUGAUGAGGUCCCGCCCAUAGCUCAAGAUUUGCCUGUUCUGUUCAAGCAGGCAUGCAAGCGUAGAAAUGAUCCCCUAUUAGAGGCGGCUAUCAUGGUGCUUAUGGUCUCUGUGAAGAAUGCUUGUAAGAUUGGUUGGUUUUUAGAAAAGGAGACUGAAGAACUUUUCACACUAGCUAAUGAGAUAAGGAAAAGCUUCUCUAGUCCGGGAGAUAUUAACACAGAACCCAGUGAUUCUCUUUCUUCUAUUAGUCUAAUUAUGGAGAGGUUCUACCCACGAAUGAAGAUGGGCCAUAUACUUGCUUCUCUUGAAGUCAAGCCUGGAUAUGGGGCAUACCUGACUGAUAUCCAUAUUUCAAAGAAUACGCCACACUCUCCUAAAGAAAAAAUUUGGUUAUUUGUAGCACAAACAGACAACAUAGAGACAUCUGCAUGCAUUAUAAGUCCUCCCAAAGUGAACUUUCUUCUGAAUGGAAAUCCCGUAGACAGAAGGACUAAUGUUCUAAUGGAAACUGGACCACAGUUUCCAACAAAUGUGACUCCAAUUCUUAAAUAUGGAACAAAUCUUCUUCAAGCUGUAGGCCAGUUUAAUGGUCAUUAUGUUAUUGUUGUUGCCUUCAUGAGUGUGAUUUCAUCAUCUGAAACUCCGGUGCUACAUGAUUAUGUGCAGCCCGCUGUAGCUGCAGUUGAUUCAGAUCCUGACAUAGUUGAGGGACCAUCGCGAAUAUCACUUCAUUGCCCAAUAAGCUAUACACGAAUCAAGACUCCUGUCAAAGGACAUUCAUGCAAACAUCUUCAGUGUUUCGACUUCAGUAACUAUCUAGAUAUAAAUUCAAGAAGACCAUCCUGGCGCUGCCCACAUUGUAAUCAGUAUGUCUGCUACUUGGACAUUUGUCUUGAUCAGAAUAUGGCAAAGGUCCUAAGAGAGGUGGGAGAGAAUGUUGAUGAAGUGAUUAUCUCUGCAGAUGGAUCAUGGAAGGCUAUAAUGGGAAGUGAUGACCAUGUAGAUCAGGCACGUGAUGAAAAUCUCAAUUGCCAGAAAGAAAAGAUUGAAGGGCUAGAAUCUAGCAGAGUUUCAACUUCCCUUCCUAAUGUUUUGGAUCUUACUGAGGAUAAUGAUGAGAUGGAAGCAAUGAGCAACUGUGAAACUGAAGACAGGAAACCUUUUCAGGCUAAUCUUCCAUUUGCUACAAAUUUAACUUUGCCACCAGAAUUGAACCCAACAGGUGGAGCUAGUCGUAAUAUUGCUGGUCAACUAGAGGAUACCUUUUGGUCUGGAGUUUAUUUGAAUUACGGGUCUAUGAAUGCCAGUGCUAGGUCAAAUUCCCAAAGAGUUGGUGGUAUCUCUGAGCCUAUCCUUGCCAAUCUUAUGCAGCCUCCUGUGUUGACUGAUGCUGUUUCUCCUGCACUUAAUCAAGAAGCUGAGGGACGUGGGAAUACUAAUUUCUCCACCCCCAUAAUGCAAAGUCAAAAUUCGCCCAACGAUUUUCAGAUACAACAGUCACAAUAUGUAAAUUCUGUUAACAAUGAAUAUGGGAGGUUGUUAACAAUAAGCAGACCUGUGAGCAGGACUCCAAUAGCGGUUCAGGCCCUGCCAGCCCAGUCUCUGGCACCAAAUCCACAACAAAGACCAAGGAAUAAUUUGAAUUCUUCGACUCCAAAUGGUUCCUUGAUUUCUUCUCAGGUUACCCGUUCUGAGGCACCCACUACAGACGCUUUCAAUGCCAUAUGUAGUGACAUGGAAAGGCAGCAGCACUUUAGAGCACACGGGAUUCCACCUCAGAAUCGGGAUCACCAAGAUCGUUUGUUCAUGCCAGCACCAAGUCAAUUGCAGAGUUCUUACAGACCAUCUUCUCGGCGUUUAACUGAUUUCCAAAAUUUACACCUGCAGCAAGUUUUAAACCCAAGGAUUCCGCAGCCACUGGGUCAAUCUUCAAGCACUACCCGACCAUCUACACACCUCCCACAAACCCAUAUCCAGCAAGGUGGCACACAAGUGGGAAUCAGUCAUGCAGCGGGUAGUACCGGUAACCAACAGGCCAGCUGGCUUGCUCAGCGACCUUCUGUCCAGAUUGGUAGACAGGCACCAUCUAUGCCAGUUGUAAAUCAAACAUCUAGAACUGGGCACUCUUUGCCGGUGAACGCUGAUGUGAUCAGAGAUGGAAUGUGGGAGCAGAGAGGGAAUAUGGGAGGAACGUCUCAAGCAGUUCCAAGUACUGAUGGUUUGCUGGACUCAACAUCAGAGCAGAGUUGGCGACCCUCAGGUCGAAUGCGUGGAAGCCUGUCAGGUCAGGCUUAUUCUGCUGCUCUUAGCCAAUUCAUGAUUCAGCCGACCCAAACAGCUCAAACUGCAAGACCACAGACAAAUCUGGCUCCAGUAUCUAGUGUUCCACCGCAGCUGCAGGCGUUCAUUGCAAAUAGUAGAAAUGCCGGCAGUCCUCAAACACCUAAUACCCAAUAAUAGACCCAGCCGCUGAGUUGAGGUCGAAAUAUUCUGCCUGAGCAUUCUAUAGACAUGCAUCAAUGUUGACUCGACGCUUUUGGGGAGGCUGUACAUAUAUUAUUCCAUAACCAAUUUUGUAUCCCACGGUCACCUUAUAAAGUUCUAACUUGGUUUGUUAUAUGCCGGUUUUGGUUAGUGUAUAUUUAGGAAGACUCAAUUGGGUAUUUGAAAAUUUCCUGAGUGCAGCUUUUGCACGUAUUUGUUUAUAGAAUGAAAAGAUGGGAAUCUGUUUACCUUAUUUAUCUUGACAAUA